UUCAUUUUUAAAACUUGAAGAAAAACAAACAAACGCUAAUCACUUUCUCAUUUCUUUUCGAUUGAAAAGAAAUUCAAUUUUGUCAUAAAAUUUUUUUUAAUUUCUUCACGAAUCAAUAUGUCAUCGACAUCUUUUCACUUAUCAGCUUCUACACCAUUGACGAAAUUUUUCAAAGAUAAAUCAGUGAAAGAGAUUCGUGAAAACACAUCACAUGUAACUGCUCAUUUGAUUAGUUUAAAACGUUGGUUAUGCUCAAUGCCGCAUCUUUCUUGUGCUGAUGAUGAUCGAAUAUUUUUGGCAUUUCUACGUCAAUCAAAAUUUAAUCAUUCAGAAGCACAAAUGCGUUUAGAUAAUUUUAUUACAUUGCGUUCAUCACCUGAAAGUCCUGUAUUCAGUUGGUAUGAUCGUUCAACUAUAACCAGUGCAAUUCUUGAUGAAUAUUUAAGGACCGGUUUUCAUUGUCCAAUUGGAUUCCUCCAUGAUGGAUCAUUUUUAUUUAUGGUUCGAUUAGGCUGUUGGAAUAAUAAUCGUCUACCUACAGAGACUGUACUAAAACUACUCAUGCUUCAGCUAGAUCGUAUGUUGGAAGAUCCAAGAAUUCAAAUUUGUGGUUUACGUGUAUUUAUUGAUUUCACUGGUGUUUCACCCUCACUAUUGGAUACAAUCAAUCCAAAAAAGACUAUUAGAGAUUUAAGCAAAAUAUUACAGGAAGCUUAUCCAUUUCGUAUGAGAGGAAUAAUUUAUUAUAAUGAACCGCCAAUUAUGGAAGUCUUAUUCAAAUUAUUAGCAUUAUGGUUGAAACCGAAAGUUCGAGAACGUUUUAUAAGAGUAAAAAGUAAUAUAAAGAAAGCUUAUGAUAAAGUACCUGGUCUUGAAAAUGUACUACCUAAAGAAUAUGGUGGUCAGAAUAGAAGUAUUAAAGAUAUUUUAAGAGAACAAAAUGCUGAUUUUAAAGAAUACUUUUAUAGAUGUGAUAUGAUGUUAUGGAACAGUAUGAAAGUCAAUGAAAGAAAACGACCAGAAUCAGCAAAACGAUUAAUGUGUGAAUAUAAAGAAGCUGAUGAUCGAUCAAUGGGUACAGCUGGAACAUUUACUCGUUUACCUGUAAAUGAUUAAUUGAUUUUCUUUUCUUUUCAUUAUUUUUAUUUUAUUUAAUUUUAAAUUGUGAUCGGAUUUUGAUUGGAUAUUGUGUUUUUAUUGUUUUUAAAAAAAAGAAAUUUACACCAACAAACCGAAAAGUCAAUGUGUAAAUUUGUAUAAUUUUUUUUAUAAUAGAAUGAAAUUCAAUUGUGAUGAUGAUUUAUUGUUAUAAUGAAAUAAAAACAAAAGUCAGUUUCUUUGUUUGUAAA